AUUACAGAGGAUUAAGAUAGAAAAGAAAGCUAAUGGCUAGUUAUAACGUUUAUAUGGAAAUGAGAAAAUUUGGUAUACAAAAAGGCCUCUAGUUCAUCCUAAAACAUUUUCUUUCCCAAAACAAGCAAUGCUUUCGUUUAAACAUAAACAGAAAAGGAAAGUAUAAUAACUAAGCAUUUUAACUAAACAUAAGUCACAAGUUGAAAUGGCUAUUUGCACAUGUUGGUUAUAAAUAAGUGGACGAUGCUUUACAUCACCUUUGAAUGUCAAGGGUUAUACUCUUGAGAAGGACUGGAACUUUUCUGAAUAUUAACAGUCAGGAGCACAAUCUAUGCGGUGGUUUGUGCUCUCGGUGUCGUUUGUCCUCGGCGGCACCCGUAGGCUGCGACAUCAGAUGACGUUGCGGCCGAGGAGGAGUUCCUGUUAAUCCAAACAGCGACGAAACAACCAUCCUUUUUAUCGAUAUCAAGCUUGUUUUAUUAGCUAUCAAUCAACAGCAUGGCUGCUCAGAAAAUAAACGAAGCUCACGAGCACAUGGCUAAGGGGGAGAAAUGCUUAAAGACCAGUCUGACCAAGUGGAAGCCUGAUUAUGACAGUGCUGCAUCAGAAUACGCCAAAGCAGCUGUGUGCUUCAAGAACGCAAAGCAGUAUGAACAAGCAAAGGAUGCCUACCUGAAGGAAGCUGAAUACCACACGGAAAAUAAGACACUUUUUCAUGCUGCAAAAGCCAUUGAACAGGCAGGCAUGAUGAUGAAGGAACAAAAGAAAAUGCCAGAGGCCAUCCAGUUAAUAGAGAAAGCUUGCAUGAUGUACAUGGAGAAUGGGACUCCUGACACGGCUGCCAUGGCUUUGGACCGGGCAGGAAAGCUGAUUGAGCCUCUAAACCUGGAGAAAGCUGUCGACUUGUAUCAGAAGGCUGCUGGUGUGUUUGAGAACGAGGACCGCCUUCGUCAGGCAGUGGAGCUGCUGGGAAAAGCCUCCAGGCUGCUGGUCAGGCUAAAAAGGCUGGACGACGCCGCGGUAGCCUUGCAGAAAGAGAAGAACAUGUACAAAGAGAUCGAGAACUUCCCCAUGUGCUUCAAGAAAACUACGGCUCAAGUGCUGAUUCACCUCCACAGAGGCGACUUCGUGGCCGCAGACAAAUGCGUCAGAGAAAGUUACAGUCUGCCCGGCUAUAGCGGAAGUGAGGACAGCGUUGCCAUGGAGACCCUGCUGCAGGGCUACGACGAGCAGGAUGAGGACCAGGUCUACCGCGUGUGCAACUCCCCUUUACUGAAGUACAUGGACAACGAUUACGCCAAACUGGCCAUUUCCCUGCGGGUACCUGGAGGCGGAGCCAAGAAGAAGAAGGCCGCUGCUCCACAAGGCGGCGCCAGCGGGGCGCCGGCCGGCGCCGCCGAGGAGGAGGACGACUAUGAGGGCGGGCUGUGUUAACCUCCAGACUCCACCCAUCCACCGCCACCCCUCUGUGUACGAGUUGAAAACCCCCAGCGCUCCGAUGGCCGUCUGAUGUUCAAUAUCUUUAAUGCACAGAAAGUGAAAUUUGAAAAAAGCAACAAAAGUUAAAGUAGAUGUUGCAGAAGAGUCGACGAUGAGCCUUUUGUUCUUCUUUGAGGUGGAUCCUCAGUCUGUUGUUUGUAUUAUUGUUUCUCAUCUGUGUGAAGCUGUACAUUCGCUGUUUUUUGUUUGUGGGUAAAGUGUAAGAUUACUACAGGCGUAGCCAAAUCAGAGAUACUCUAAAAACGUCAUACGACUUUAUCAGUGUGUAAGUGUUUAUUUGUACAGAGUUAAUUUAUUCAGUAUUCACGGCUGCAGCCUUUUGAAAAUGGAGUAAUAUGCAAUCACACUGAAUAAAUGCAUGUUCUGAGAGAUGAAAUGGUUAAAUAAAAUCAGUACUAUAAAUGUCUAUAUGAUGCUUUAGAAUGACGCUAUUGUCUUCGACAUCACCCUCUAGAAAAUGAAAACAUUUGCAACUUAUAGCUAAAAGUAGACGGAUUAUGUUUGUCUACCUCGAGGUUUGCGCUGCUGUAAGCUUAAACCCACCCUGGCUGUGUGUUCCUCUGUUACAUAUCUACAAUAGAGUGACUGGCUUUUAAAAAAAAGGGACCAAGCAAUAAAGUUUUCAGAGUGUUUUCUUGUGUUUGUCACAUAGGAGACUGGGUUUAAUCUCAAUAUCUGAAUAAAAGUUUAAAAAAAUACAGCCAAAUCUGGUUACUUGAUGUGAUUAAAGGGAUUGUUUACAUUUUAUUUUUAAGGCCGAGGUCCCGUUGUAUUUUCCUCUAAACUAAAUAUCCAUACUCUGCAAACGCAUCAAUAAAUGUUUCCAUUGUGUCCCA